GCAAGGCGGGCCGCAGGGCGGGCGCUGACAACACCCCGAGGGGGAGGCCGUUGCGGACUACAUUUCCCAGGUGCCUGCGGGGCGGACGGCACGCCCGCCUCCAUUUCCCGCCUCUGCGAGGGGGCUGCUGGGAGUUGUAGUAGGGGGGCAGAAAGAAGAUGGCGUCCAAGAUCCAGGUGGUGCUGCGGCCGGUGAAGAGUAUCGUGGUCCGCUUCUGCCCCUUCGAGUCCAACGUGGAGAGCACGAGAAAAUUUCUUGGAUGUAUAAACCAUAAAAAAAUCCAGGCCACUAAUAGAAACUGUGAAGUGACUGCUGACGUGAGACAUGAUGGGUCUGAACCACUUGUAGAUGUUAUGUUUGCUGAUGGAGAGCGAUUGAUAAUGAAGGGAGCCAACUUGACGACAAUAGAAAUGUUAAAAGCAUUGGGGUCCAGAUGUAAUGCAAAAGAGCUUAAGGAAGAACAGAAAAGCAAGAAGAAGAGUCCCUGAAGAACAGAAAAACAACUGUGUUUGCAUUUACAUGUGUUGAAAACAGCAGGCUGCACAGAAGGCUUUUCUCCUAUGCAACAAAAUCUGAAAGAGGGAGAUGGCCAAAACACUAACAAGUUUAACAUGCAGCAGAACGAACCAUUUGAAUGUUCCUUGUCUUCACCUGAAGGAAAACCCAGUGGAUCAACAAAUCUUCUUACGCUAGUGGCUCAGAGUGGCUUAAGAUGCAUGAAUGCGUCUUUCUAAGCAGCUCUCUCUGUCGUCUGCGUGUCUGACUAGUAUCACAUGUAUUUGCAUAUAAAUGUGAAUAAUGCACAUUAGCUAUUAAAUAUUACAGUGAAGACAGAUCUCUUUGGACAUUAUUUCCUACAAAAUUUCUGUACAGUGGAAUGCAAAAUAUUAUUAGAGUGGUUAUUAUUUUUGAAAUUAUUAAAUACAAAAAUUUGAAGAAAACUUUGAAAGUAUUCAUCAUUGACUUAGCUGAGGGACAGCAAGCUGUAAAUACAGAGUGGAUUUUGUAAUACUAUGUUUAUAAUACAUCUGUUGCUAAGUCCCUGCCGUUUUCUUCCUCUCUUUUUCAAGAAAGUGUGAAAUUUGCUAAAUGUAAAUUUAACUCAGCAAUUAAAGGAACAAGGUAAUGGGACUGUGAAAACACAGCAGAGCUACUUAUACUGCAUAAAAGUAGCUAAGUUUAGCUCAAAGGGAAAAGUAAGUUGGGUUUUUUUGAUAAUUGGAGAAAAGGGCUAUCUUUGAAGGUCAGUUUUGUAAUAUUUUUGUCACUUUUGGGAGAUUUCAUUAAAUAUUUUAUGAAGAUCAAAGGGAGAGCUUUAUUUGGUGUUUAUAGCCCUAUAUCCAACCCUGUUAUUUAUUAAAGUAAGUGCUUAGGUGUCUCAUCUCUAUUGCAAAGCUCUGUAGGUUUGGGAGGGUUGAUCUCUCCUCAGGCUGUGCAGGUGAAGGUGUCAACUGCACAUAUAUUUCAUAUGCAUCAGUUUUGUUCUAGUUCAAUUCAUAAUGAAAAUGUAAUAAAAGUUCCAGUUUUGAGAAUUGCAGGUGCAGUACUAUUGAGAGGCAUUAGUUCUACCUGUUGUUAGUCAGAUGCCUGACUUCUAUAAAAUUGUAUUACGUACAUUUCCAAAAUGGCACAAAUCUGAAACUAGUUUUACCUUACUUUAGCCGAGAUUUGUAAAUGGACGCUGUCCUUUGUGAAAGCAACAUUGUUUUAAAUAGCACUGUCAAGGUAGCUCUUUGCAACUUCUUCACCAGGAUGCUCAAGUCAAGGUGAUACCUUAUUUUGGAGAAGCAGAGCUGUGCUAAAGAUGUUUGAUGAUAUUUUAUGGUGGCCUCCUCCAUGUGUUUGCAACAAAUAGAAGAGAGAGAGAUAAGAUGAUUGGGGCAGAUGGGUCAAUGAAAUUUAGAUGUGGGAACAACAGAUGUGAAUGAUUUAGUCUGGAAUGAAUACCUUCUCUGCAGUCUGUUAGGCUAUCAACUCUUCCAAGUGGUUUCAGAGUGCUGAGCUCCUGAACCUGCUACUGAGCUCCCUUCUAGUGGAGGAGUUACAAGAACAUCUGAAACUGAGAGGAUUUUAAAUCCUGUCAAGCUAGAAAAAUAUCUUAAAAAGUGGACCAAAUAGAAAUAAGGCUGUUCAAAGGACAGUUUCGGUUUCUUCCCCCCCCCAGUUUAGAAGACCACUGUGUGCCAUGACUUUACCUGAAGAAGCCUUACAGGGAAAGUGAGAAUUUUUCAAGUGGAAAAACACUGCAGGAUUAUUCAUUCCCUGGUUAAUUAUAUAUUCAUACGCUCAAAAGCCCUCUUACUGUAAUAUAUCAGUGAUUUUUGUGAUUUUUUUUUUAGUUUUUUAUUUGACAGUAUGUACAAUGAUGACAGUGUGUAAAACUUGUGUCUAAAUGUGAAGCACUUACAUCCAUCUUAAGUAAUUAGCCAUCUGUAAGUACUUAAAGAGUAAAACAGAGGUUAAGUAAUACUAAGUUUCUGUCGUGUUUAUAUUGGCCCAAGAUUGGGGUUUAUUUUUAUGAAGAGAAAAGGGAGAAAAAUGAAGAUCCUAG